AUGGCCCUUGUGGAUGCGGGAUCGCACAAGCUCUUGUCCUUUCAGAAGGGCAGGCCAGUCUUGGCAGAAGAGGGUCUCAAGCUCCUCCGUUCCCUGGGCGGCGUGCACUGCGUGGCGGUCGUCGGGGAAGGCCGUUCGGGCAAGAGCUGUCUGGCAAACCUACUCCUUGAGGAGGAAAGCUUCCGUACGGCUGCGACCGCUGCGGCAGUGACUGAAGGGAUUGAUGUCGCCGUGAAGGGGACCACAGUUGUUAUGGACUGCGAAGGCAGCAGCAAUGCAAAGGCUCCAAGCCGACCAGAAGUUCUGGUGAUGGGAGGUGCACUGGCACGCACUUUGCUCUUCGUGGUUUCUGGAAUACUGAGAGAGGAUGCUCUGUCCAUGCUGGCGCGAACAGUGGCGGAGAUGCAGCUGUUGAGUUUGACAUCGCAGAAGAUGCAGCUGGUUGUUGUUGUGAACAUGUGUACGGUGGAGUCGGUGGAGUACACACCGGAGGCUUUCGAGGAAAUUCUGGUGCAAUCCUCGGCGGAUGAUGCUGGACAACAGUCACGGGAAGCGAUAGCUCGGGCCUUUCCAAAAGAGCAGAGGCACUUUCUGAGCAUCCCUUUCGACAAGUCCAAGAGUUCACAGGACUGGAAGCAGAGCGUAGAGGCCUUGAAGGAGAUCGUGGGAACGUCAGGGCAGCGCAUGGAAGGAUUCGCUGGGUCAAUCUUGGCUGAUCUCGCAGAGCAGUUGGUUGCAGAACUCGAGCGGAGUGGUCGGUGUGAGCUGCCCAGUCUGCAUCAUCAAGUGCUACAGCGACAUGUCGAAGGCCUUUCCGAAUUAGCCCUGCUGGAGCUCAAGACUCGGCUCGGCCCAUCUCCCGACAACUACGAUCCAGACUUUGCGGUGGAUAUUGCCCAGCCACUUGCGAGCUUCCAGGAGGCUUUGAUGAGGCUCAAGCUCCCCGGCGACCUCAUGGACAAAGCCGUUCAAAAAGCUCAUGAGAGCAUGUGGAGAAUUGCUGAGCAGCGAUCGGCGGAAAACAUGGCUUUGGGUGAUGAGACAAAGGAUUGGGAGCAGGUCCUGUGGCGAGGCUGCCGCUUGCUAGCCUCUCGGUAUGUGGGGGCCCGCAUUGUGGUCGAGCGCCAGAUCAACUUGGAUCCGUUUCUGAGAGACUCUCGAGCUUUGCGCGUGGACCCUCCGAUCGCAUUGUCGCAUUUCAACGAGACGCUGAACCCAGACUCGCAUGACUAUGCCAUCUUCUUGCGGAAUGGCCACGUGGUGGCGAAGCGUGUGCCUGCUCCUGCUCUGCCAAGCGGCGUGCCUGUGCCCAGGGGUAACUCUCGGCACCGGGCGGCCGUUUCCAUGAGCCUCCGCUCCGAUGCCUGGGUCGCAGUGGUGUCUCAGGAGCGGGGAGAAGUCUCGGUGGCAUGCGCUGGGGAGUUGUGGCCACCGGGCAGCCCCUUCCCAAGGGUGGAGGACGUGGAAGCAUAUGCUGCUCACAAGAGGAAGAGGGAAACGACACUGGGGGGGCUGCAGCUACUAUGGGAGAGCCGGAAGAUCCAUGUGGACUCAAAAGGCCGUGUCCACAGCUUAAAGGAUCCGCGGCUCGGUUGCUUUUUCUGCUUGAGUUCUCCAGAAGGCUACGUAGAACUCAACAUGUAUGAGGCCUUGAUGAAUGUUCCGUAA